CGACAGUAGAUCGUAGAUGUUGAUCAAGUCUAGAACUAAUAGAUCUUGAUAGAUCUAAAUCUAGAGAGAUGUAGAAUUAUUUAGGAUUAUAAAUAGAAAGUAAUCUAGAUCCAGAUAUUAUUAAUUAGAUCUAAUAGUAUAGACAGGUUUAAAAACAAUGUUAGGUGAUGCUAUUUGGUUAUUGACUGUGGCCAUUUUAUGGGGGUUCACGAACCCUCUUUUAAAAAGAUACAGUACAGGUGUUGACAGUAUCAAAAGACAUGGCAGAAUUUCACAAUUUUUGGCAGAGUUUAGGUUCUUAUUUUUUAAUUGGAAGUAUCUGCUCUCAUUCAUAACUAAUCAGAUGGGUUCUGUUUUAUAUUAUGUAACAUUAUCUUCAGCAGAUUUAACUCUUGCUGUACCAAUCACAAACUCACUUACAUUGAUUGCUACAGCAUUUUCAUCACAGAUUCUAGGAGAUAAAAAUAUGAAUUUAAGGACAUUAUUAGGUGCUUCACUUGUCAUCUGUGGAGUUAUUUUAUGUGUCUUCAGCAAGUCAGAGACAGGAAGCUGAUACUUUAUUCCUCUAACAUUUCAACUGCCAAACUUAAUUUAGAACAAGCAUCUAAUGGUGUGAAUUAUGUAUAUUUAAAAAAAAAAAAAGAAAUUCAUAUUUUAUACAGUUUGUAUGCAAUUUUUUUUUUUUUUUUUUUUUUUUUUUUUUACCUUUUACAAAACGAAAGAGAUUGUUGUUGUUGAUGAUGAUUAAGAAAGUAUAAACUUAUACUAAGCCUAAGUUAAAUAAAGAUAAACAAGUGAUCAA